UGUUGUGUCAAGACGAAAGAAUCAAAGUGAUUUGUUGAUUGUUGAUUCGUUUGUUUUUAAUUUGAAUUGUGAAUGUAAUUCGAUGUAAUGAACGACCAAUGAAUUCGGAUGAAACAAUUGGAACAAAUUUCUAAAAACAAGAAAGAAAACUUUUAUUUUCCUUCUUCUCUUACAACCUUGAACCUUUUACUAUUCCAGUGAUAAUAUUACAGAGUUUCUGUUUCCCUUUCUUUUAAUUCUGUUUCAUGAUUUCUUUUUUCUCUUUCUCUCUCUCUCUCUCUCUCACACACUGUUUUUUAUUCUCUGUUCAAAUGUAACAUCAAUCAGAUUCUGUUUUCUCUGUGAAUUAUCAUUACCCUUUUUCCCUUCAGUUCUUCUCGCCUCUUUUGCAUUUCAUCAUUUUCUCCACUAAUUGUGUUCUAUUCUCUGUCUUUGGUUCUUUCUUCAUUUUCUCUCCUUUUCUCCUUCUCUUUGUCUAUCUCCCUGUCUUCCUGCAUCUCUAGUAUCUAUUUCACUCUAUUUGUAUCUUUCUUCAUGUUUCACCAUUGUUACUGUUUCCAUUCAUCAUACUCGCCACUAGAACCACUAACGCAAACCCUUAAUUGACCAAUAUCAUUGUAACGAUAAAAUAACGAGUGUUUUGGACUCACGAAUUCGGAAUGUCCAUUGACAGUCUACCAGAUGAAAUACUUGAUUUAAUGUUUGAACGAAUUCUCUUCAUAGAAGAUGUAAUCAACUGUUCUAAAGUAUGUAGACAUUGGUGGACAUUAGCCCAAAGACGGUUGAACCACGUUCAUUACCUGAUCGCCUGUUUAUCUAAAGAAAAUUGUUUAUAUCAAGGAAGGAAAUUCAUCUUCUACCGGCCAGAUAAAUAUAGUUACCAUUACAUGAAUAUACUUCCUAAUUUAAAGAUAAUCGAUGUAGAUAAGAGCUUGGAUCGAGCAGAAGAAGGUAUAUUCUUACGAGCCUUGGAAUCGCGACAGAAAAUCAAAGGAGUAGCUUAUCCCUAUUACGAACCAGAGGGACCAUGUAAAUCCAUGUUUCUCAAGAAUAUUGAAAUGUUGGCUCCUGGUUAUCUCACGAUAAGCAAUGGAUUCGUGAUAAGCCUUUGUUCAGAUACCAUAAGACAAUUAUUCCUCGAAGAUAAUUAUAAUAAUCUAGAUGAUAUAAUCUCAAAGUGCAAAUCAUUACAACGUAUUCAUAUUCAUCAUUAUGAAGGAGCAAGACUAUUGACAUAUAAAGGAUUACCUACAGAGUCUCUCCAAGUUCUUGAAUUAGAUAUAAGUUAUUUCUAUGGACCCGAUACAUGUAUCAAUAAUUUUAUCGAUAAUUGUCCAAAACUGAACAGCCUUUUCUUACGUUUUAAUGAUACAGAAUUUAACUUUAUUCCUUCAAAGAAUCAUAAAUCUCUUGAAAACCUAGUUCUUGAAUAUUACUCACGAUCAAAGGACCCGAGACCAAUCAAAUGGACCAAUAUACCACAGUUUUUACAAAAGGUUCCUAAUUUAAAGCAUCUUGCUAUUAGAUCGUGCCCAGGAUUUAAAGACAUUCACAUUUACGAUAUACUUACAUCAUGUCCCAAUCUGAAACUAAUUGAUUUAAGAGAUUGUCCUGAUAUAAAUUCUGAUUCGGAGACUUUGGUUAAUGAGAUUAUUCAAUCGAAAGACUAUCAGAUCGAAAUACUAACUGGAUCAUACUCAAAAUUACCUCUACAUCAUCAUGAGAAAGUCGUUUGUCAAGGAUUUGAUUUUAUGAAGCAUAUAUUUCAUAAAUCAUGGAAAAAUAUUCCACUGUUUUUAACAUACGAUUAAAUUGUGGAUCGAGGAGUCAACAAUUAGCUUUUAUAAUGAUUAUUAUUAAAGCAGUAAACUGUCACCAAUGUGUCGAACUGUUUGUUUCUCGAAAUCAUGGAUAAAAAGAGGUCUUGAAAUGUAAAUACAAUCAACUAAUUGCUGUUUAUUUUAUCUGCAACUUUUACACCAUCAACUAUUCAUUGAGCGAAAUCAAUUUGGAUUAUUAUCAUGAGUAUCUUCAAACAAUUAACCCGUGAUGGUUUAUAAGUGUGUGUUCACUUAUUAAUAUAAUCAUAGUUAUCUUCUAAUUAGCUUAAUUCACCUCUAAUGUGCUUCAUUUUAAUCAGUCCGCUAAUUAAAUGAAAAAAGCUAAUUUUUUCUUCAUUGAUUGGAAAAGUAACAAAGUUUAACUGUCAACAAAGGAAAAGCUUCAAUACAACUCUGUCCGAGAAUCAAAAGAAAAAAUAUCCAACCAAUCAAUUCAUUUUGUAAAUUAUGUUCUUGAUAAUUGAUAAUUUAAUCAACGAAUCAAGUCCAUUCAUCGUCACCGAGCUAAAUCAUCACGCUAAUCGUUGAUUGUUUUAUUUUGUCCAAGGCUAUGAUUGUUUAUUGACCUCGAAUCGAAUCAAAAAAACCUUGUUUGUUUAACUCUCUGGAUUAUUUUUUGCUGUUUUUCUUGUUUAAUUUUCAUCAAUUUCAUCUUCAUCAUCAUCAUUGUCAUCGUCAACAAUUAGCAUGCUAAUUAAAUGUUAUUUUCAGCUGUAACUAAAUUAACACAAUAUGAAACACAAAAAAAAACAACGACUGUAACUGGAAUAAAUUUGUUUCUAGUUCUAACACUGAAUUUUGGUUAAUAUUGAUUAAGAUUAACGAUUGUGAUUUACUUAAUCAUCUUCAUCAUCAUCAUCAUAAUCAUCAACCUGUUAUUUUAAUUUAAUCACAAGUAUAACUGCGAUCCUGUUGAAGCCCAAUUAAGGUGGUUUCCUGACAUCUCCAUAGUGUGAAGAAAUCAUUAUUGAUUGAUUUGUUAAUCAACCAAACAAUUAACUUACAAAUAUUGAAAUCAAAAAGUAACUCGAUUAAUAGAUUGACUGAAAAAAAAACAAAUUUGUUUAAUUAUCUAUUGUAACUUGUUGUUUUUAACUGUGGAAACAUGCAUACAAUUAAAUGUCUAGUGAUAAUUUCGCAAACACAAA